AGGACAUGCAUGAACACAGAGCUGAGCAGAAGUGAACAAAAUGCGGAGCUACACUGAAUCCGAGGCGGGGCGUUGAGUGUCGACAGCAGUUUUUCCCCGUGUGCUCUCUGGCUCAAAUAUUCUCGCCAACACGCCUCAAGCAUGACAAUAAACUGGUUUAGCUGGGUGACGGGGGAAAACCACUGGUACACAGAACUUUCGACAAGUCCCACCUGGACUGAAAGCGCGACGGAGAUGUGAAGAAAAAACAUGGUGAAGAAGGCAAGAUGACUGGUUUAAAGUUUAACCGACGAAGAUCCUGACGAGUAUAUCAGCGGAGACUACAGUAUGGCGCGUCGCUCUCAGUGUUCCUCUGCUGGGGAUAACCCCUUGGACCCUAACUACCUCCCUCCUCACUAUCGGGAAGAGUACCGCCUGGCGAUUGACGCACUGAUUGAGGAGGACUUGGAGGGAUACUAUCAGUUCCUUGAAAAAGCAGAUGUGGUGGACUUCCUGUCCUCACUUGAGAUUCAAUAUAUUCAGAGCUCUGUUCAGGUCCCUCAGCAGAGCAGCCACCCUGAACAACAUUUUCUGGAGACUGGGGUAGAUGGCUCCUCAGACACUUACUGGCCAAUUCACUCUGACCUGGACGCCCCAGGUUUGGACCUUGGCUGGCCUCAGCUGCAUCACUUCAUUGGGCCGACAGAGGUCACCACUCUGGUCAACCCCCCUGAGCCUGACAUGCCGAGUAUCAAGGAGCAGGCCAGACGACUUAUCAAGAAUGCUCAGCAGGUGAUUGCUAUAGUGAUGGACGUGUUUACUGAUGUUGACAUGUUUGCGGAUAUUCUCAAUGCUGCCAUGAGGAAUGUUGCCGUCUACAUUCUUCUAGAUAAACACAAUGUACAUCACUUCGUGAACAUGGUGUCCAACUGCAGGGUCGAUCUCCAGAGCAUUCAAUUUUUACGUGUAAGAACAGUGUCUGGCAUCACGUAUCAGUGCCGCUCAGGGAAGUCCUUCAAUGGCCAGAUGAUGGAUCGCUUCUUGUUGACAGACUGCAGGGCCGUGCUAAGCGGAAACUACAGCUUCAUGUGGUCGUUUGAGAAGCUCCACCGCUGUAUGGCCCACCUUUUCCUUGGACAACUUGUAUCGACCUUUGAUGAAGAGUUCCGUAUUCUGUUUGCUCAGUCCCAACCACUGGUGAUUGAAAAUGCUCCAGUGGAAGAUUUCAGCCUUUUACCACAGAGGCAAUACCCAGGUGAAAUAACUUCUCUGUACAGAGAGCCAAGGACAUUCCCAUCAGUGGACGCUGCUCAUACAGAGGAAUGGGCGAUACCUUCCUAUGACGAACGUAUGGAUAUGGAUUGGAGAAUGAAGCCCCUUAAAAGGCAGGAAUUCUUGCGCGGCCCUGCAGAUAUGUACAACAGGUUUCCAUCCCAGCAAUCACGCAUGGAUCCGGCUUUUGAUCAGGGCACCCCCAGGAUGAUGGAAAAUCCCACCUUCAAACGUCACAGUUAUGCUGAAGGUCUUCAUGGUAGAUACCCUUACCCAUUCCUGCAGCAACAGGGAUUGCCAGAGCCUGAGGACCAGGGAAGGCAGAUUCAAAGGGGGAAGCAACCAUAUCCAGGACCAGGAGUAGAACCAGAUUACAGUGGCUAUGACAAGUUCUGGAACCAAGACUAUCAUUCAGCAGAUCAGUAUUCUGACCCUGGUUUAACACAAGAGAUGGAACCACCUGAUAACUUUGACCCUGUGCUCAACUAUUUAUCAUCUACCAGAAAUGUAGGCUUUGACCAGGGACCAGAGAAAUUACUACCUGUAGCAGAUGUACCGUUUAGUUCCUCUCACCCUAGAAGGUUGCGUGUAGGCCAGCCAUAUGCCUGCCAAACAUCUCCCACCCCCUCAAAUCCAACUGAUCAGAAGCAUUUUUUCCAGGAGCCUAACACUGACCGCAAGGAUCCUAUGGUGAAACAGGGGCUAAGAAACUGGAGGAUUAGCUCAUACCUCAGUGCAUGUGAUAAUCCAGGAGAUGAAGACCUGCCAUUGGCGGUACCUAAUGCACCAGAUCCUUUUGAAGAGUCCUCUAACCUCAUACAGCAAACAGCACCUGGCAUGUAUUCAUCAGUCCCUAAAAUCCCUAAUGUCAGAGAGUUUAAGGUUCCUGCAAAACCCAGGGCAAGUCAGAUGCCAAGUUAUGCCAAAAUGACUGCACAAGAACAGACUAGGAAAUUGACUAAUGAACCUACUGCAGUGGCAGCACCAACACCUUCAGAAUCCACGACUGAAGAGGAAAAGGCAGAGGAGGCUGAAGGGGAAAAGGCAGAGGAGGCUGAGCAAAAGGAGCCAAAAACUUCUGGUCUUCAAAGAGAGGAGUCGUUCCGUAGAAAAUACAAUGCAGCAUUACCGAGGAGCUCUAGAUUAAGGUCCUCUCUGAUAUUCAGCUCUCUGGAGCAGCUGCAAACGUCUAAAGAUACCAAAACUGUUUCAGACCAGCAGGAUCAGGAUAGUGACAAAAAUGAGGCAGAACAGACAAAACUGCCUUUUGCACAUGUUUUGGGACAAAGGAGGUCUGCUGCAAGGGAACCUUUUGAAUGGAGCCGUUACAUAAAGCCAGCUAGCUUUGAUAACUCUGCCACUGACUCAUCCAAACCAGCUGAUGGAAACAGUAAAGCAGAUGAUAAAGAUUCAUCAAAGGAUCUGAAUUCAAUGGAUCUUGCAGAAAACCGUGAAGUACAAGAGUCUUUAAAACUGCCAGAUGUAGAGCAAGCAAAUUCUUCACCAUCAGUGCCCCGAUCCAAGCAUUCUGAAGCUGAGCUGCCCAAAACUGAUCCACCAGCACAACCACCCAGAUAUUUGCUCACCAGUCCAUUAGAUAUGAGUGAUCCUGAUAAGAGGCUCAUGUUUUUCAAAGAGUUAGCAGCAAAACGCAAAUCCGCUAAGGCUGCAGAAGCUCAAAAGAGCAAAGAGAAGGCACCAAUGAAACCGCCAACUGAACUAAAACACAAUACCACUCUUAAAAAGGAGGAAUCUGUACCAAAAGAAACCUCAGAACUGAUGGCUGAUACGUCUACAGCCGAAGGUUUAUCAGAAAAAAAUGAUAUUGCAGAGGAUGCAGGGAAAGCGGUAUCUACAGAAACAUGCCAGUCAGUCAGUCUACCUUUACAUGGCAGUGAUAAGACUAACAAGGAGGACAGUCAGGUCAAGAAUGAUCCCAAUGCCUCCCAAAGCUGUAAAAAAGAACAAACCAGUGUUCCACCUGAUUCAGAGAAGACAGAGUUUAAAAACAGCCACUCUGCAGCAGCUCUGCCUGUUUCUGUAGAAACAAUAGAAACUCAGAGCAAACCACCAGAAGAAUCAAAGCUGUCAGAUCCUUCUGUAAAAAAGAGUAGAUCCAGCCAUCCACUUACACCAACACAUGCUACUCCUGCUAAUGUUCCUUCUCUUGCACAAGGUACUGAUGAAAGUGAAAGCCCUUGUCUAGAUUCUACCUCAAAGCACUCUAGCUCACUCACUCCCAGUUCAGUGGAGGUAGCACCAACUUGUGCAUUUGCUGUAUUGGAUUCUAACACUCAAAGUCCUGAAUCAGUUCAGUUGGAAACCAGCAUCUCGUUUUCUCCACAUCUAUCUGAACAACAAACUGGAUCACAAUUAAGCUCUUCUAGCCCAUCAGUAAAAUGCAUUCUGCCAGAUUCUGGGUCACAGAUCAGUCCAAGUCCUUCACCCUCAAUCUUUGCUCCUCUUUCUACUCCAGCAGAGACCAUAUCUUCUGUUGUUACCCCAGAAGACUCAAGCUCAACCCUAACUUCCAGCAUAUUGUCCCCAGAUGCACAGGAGUCUGUCAGCCCCCCACAAGCAGAACCUUCCCAGUCGGUUAAGGAAUCUUUACAAAAAUCAACAGCUUCUGCUAUCAGCCAAAGUGAAUCUACCCAAGCUCAUCUAUAUUCUGUUUCCCAACUGAUGUCACACGAGACCCGAGCAGUUGAGUCUGCACAUGUGGGAUCUGAUAUUUCUCCUGAUGGAUAUGCUGCUGGUUCAGAGCCGGACACAUCCUCAUUAGAAUCCACUUCAAAGACAGAAGAAUCUUGUGCUCCUACAUCUUUAGAAAAAGAUGUUCCUGAAUCAGAAAACAACUCAAUAUCUAAGAGUGUGGGAGAAGGAUCUGAGGUUCAUGGAUCAUCAGUGGGUGUCAAAACUGAUGGCACACCUCCUAGUCUUAGCCCUCCAUCACCUGAGUUAUAUUUACUUAAUGUAUCUGAUCUGGAAAAUAAAUCCAGAUCUGAUCAAAAGGAAACUAUGACUCCUACCCCCUCCCCAGCAGACCCUAUCUCAAAGAGUGUGGGAGAAGAAUCUGAGGUUCAUGGAUCAUCAGUGGGUGUCAAAGCUGAUGGCACACCUCCUAGUCUUAGCCCUCCAUCACCUGAGUUAUAUUUACUUAAUGUAUCUGAUCUGGAAAAUAAAUCCAGAUCUGAUCAAAAGGAAACUAUGACUCCUACCCCCUCCCCAGCAGACCCUAUCUCAAAGAGUGUGGGAGAAGAAUCUGAGGUUCAUGGAUCAUCAGUGGGUGUCAAAGCUGAUGGCACACCUCCUAGUCUUAGCCCUCCAUCACCUGAGUUAUAUUUACUUAAUGUAUCUGAUCUGGAAAAUAAAUCCAGAUCUGAUCAAAAGGAAACUAUGACUCCUACCCCCUCCCCAGCAGACCCUAUCUCAAAGAGUGUGGGAGAAGAAUCUGAGGUUCAUGGAUCAUCAGUGGGUGUCAAAGCUGAUGGCACACCUCCUAGUCUUAGCCCUCCAUCACCUGAGUUAUAUUUACUUAAUGUAUCUGAUCUGGAAAAUAAAUCCAGAUCUGAUCAAAAGGAAACUAUGACUCCUACCCCCUCCCCAGCAGACCCUAUCUCAAAGAGUGUGGGAGAAGAAUCUGAGGUUCAUGGAUCAUCAGUGGGUGUCAAAGCUGAUGGCACACCUCCUAGUCUUAGCCCUCCAUCACCUGAGUUAUAUUUACUUAAUGUAUCUGAUCUGGAAAAUAAAUCCAGAUCUGAUCAAAAGGAAACUAUCACUCCUACCCCCUCCCCAUCAGACCAUAUCUCAAAGGGUGUGGGAGAAGAAUCUGAGGUUCUUGGCUCACCAAAGGAUCUCAAAGCUGAUAGCACACCUCCCAGCCUUAGACCUCCAUCUCCUGAGUCAUAUUUACUUAAUGCAUCUGAUCUGGAAAAUAAAUCCAGAUCUGAUCAAAAGGAAACUAUGACUCCUACUCCCUCCCCAGCAGACCCUUCACCUGAGUGUUCUCCAGCGCAAACAAGUUCUCCUGUCCAUCCAGACUUUACUCGUAAUGCUUCCCAGUCAGAAACAUCUGCAUCUCCUCAAGAUGCACAAAUACAAUCGACCCCUCCCUCCAAACUUUAUCUGACAGGACCUGUCACUCCCACUUCUGUUGAAAUAGUGUCAUGUUCUUCUCCUCUAACCGAGUCAUUUGGUUCAGUUUUGUCCCCCGAGGCUGAAAAAACAUUGUCUGCACUGCACAAAACAUCAGAUGCUAACUCCCUUCCCAAGCAGGUUAGAACAGACUCAAACGAACAACCAAUGCUCCCAUCCACAGAAACUUCCAGUCCAACUGAGCCUACCCCAAAGGUCCCAACCGAGCAUGAACUGCCAUGCAGAACAACACCUUCAGAAUCAUCAUCCACAACUAAAGAGGAAAAGGCAGAGGAGCAAAAGGAACCAAUAACUACUGUUGUUCAAAGGGAGGAGUCAGUUCAUAGAAAGUUCAAUGCAGCAUUACAGACGAGCUCUUCCUCUCUGAUAUUCAGCUCUCUGGAGGCACAGCAAACUUCUGAAGAUACCAAAACUGCUUCAGACCUGCAGGAUCAGGACAGUGACAAAAAUGAGGCAGCAGAAAAAGGUUCUCCUGUCCAUUCACACUUUACUCCUAAUGCUUCCCAGUCAGAAACAACUGCAUCUCCUCAAGAUACACCAAUACAAGCAACCCCUCCCUCCGAACUUAAUCUGACAGGACCUUUCACUCCCACUCCUGCUGAAAUAAUGUCGUGUUCUUCUCCUCUAACUGAGUCAGGUGGGUUGGUUUUGACCCCUGUGGCUGAAAAAACAUUGUCUGCAUUGCAUAGCCCCUCAGACACUAACACUCUUCCCAAGCAGGUUACAACAGACUCAAACGAAACACCAAUGUGGCCAUCAGCAGAAACUUCCAGCCCAACUGAGCCUAACUCAGAAGUCCCAACUCAGCCGGAUCUGCCAAGCAAACCUCCGAAAUCUGUGACUUUUGAAACCCACCCUUCAGAGCCACCUGUACCUGCUGAAAAUAGUAAGGUGGAUGGUCAGAAUGAAGUAAGCAAACAGUCUGAAAUGCCUGACUAUGGUGAGAAAAAAAGAGACAACAACGAGGCUACUAAUAAGGUUGAUGAAACGACUACACAGGAAUUGGUUUGCAGUGAGAAAACAAAUGACCAAGUAAGGCAAAAUAACUGCUCCAGACUGUCAGAUAUCACAUCAGAUGAAGUCAUUGUUCCGUCACCACAGUCCAAGCAGCCAAAAUCAAGCCAGUCUCGCUACCACACAUCAACUGCCAACGUGCUUUCAAGCAGCAACCUAAGAGACGAUACAAAGCUGCUUCUAGAGCAAAUUUCUGCUAAUAACCAAAGCAGGAACGAGGCUGCCAAAGAGGCUCCUGUCACUGAUGACGAGAAAGAAGACAAAGCUGACAAAAAUGCCAAAAGGGAGAAAGAAGGAGGGAUCAGGUCAUUCAGCAGAGAUCCGCCUAGGUCAAAUCAGGAGCGCGAGAAGGCGCUGGAGAGGAUUCAGAGCAUGAGGAACACGAGGAAAGUUUACAGUCGAUUUGAGCUAUAAAUAUAUUAAAGUUAGGGUAUAUGCAGUGUUGUUGAAACUAGAAAGAGACAGCAAGAUUUUGAAAGUAUCCAACUGAAAGAAAUCCCACCCCACAGAGAAUUUCAACAGAUACAACAAAAAAUGCUUCAAAAAUAACACUGAUCUUUAAAGCAUAACUAACUAUAUAUAACUACCAGUGAUAAAAAUGUAUGCAAACCUCAUGUCCAAAUGUGUGCCACGACCAACAAACGUCUUACUGGGUGAAUCGAGUGUGAAAAGUAUGCAGACUUAGACUACAUGUGUGUAAUCAGAUAUGUUUUUACUGACUGCAUGGGUUAAGUGCAAUGUUUGCAACAGAUUGUUUCUGUGAUGAGACCUGUCCUUGCCUUUUUUACAGCACUGACAGCCAUUACAUUAAUGUUAGCUAGUUUUAAGACAAAAUGUGAAUAGAUGAAAGUGUAAUAGAAAAGCUGUCUGAGUCUAUAAAAUUGUAAUAUAGUAUACAAUAUAUUGUAUUGUUUCACAAUCAUGUUAAACAAAGAUGUUGAUAAUUACAUGUUUGUGAACCAUGUAAUUAUAUAGAACUUCGUAUCCAUGAUGAACAAACCUGAGAUUGAAACAGAAUUGAAGCAUGAUGUAACAUGAUGUAUCUAUAGGCUAAUAUUAAUGUUUAAUUCAUUGCACACCAUACAGUACACUGUUUUUUGUUUCUAUUCAGAGCCAUUGAGGUUAAAUGCCAAUUUUUCAAGCUUGUGACUGGUUGCUUUAAAGGGUCAGUUCACCCAAAUUACCCGAAUCACCUAAAUCAUUUUUUUAGAUGAUUUGUGAAACAAACAAAUGUAAGUAAAUAUAUGUAAAGUGUUAAAUGUAAUUUUGGGCCAUGAAAGCCAAAGCUAAAGUAUGGAUUCCACAAGUGAGAGUAAGUGACAAAAUAUGGGAUUUCUUUCCUGGAUUGUUCCUUAAAAAUGCCUUUUUUUUAAUUAAAACUUGUCAUACCUGUACAUUGAAACAAAAUAUUUUUAAACUGCAAAGAAUUCACAUAACUAUGUAGAUUGUGCUCUGAACGUUAUACUUUUCAUAACAGAUGUGUGAUUCCUGUCUUCAGCAACACUUGUAAAUAAAAUUUCUCAAAUAUG